AUGACUGUGCCAUAUCCGCUGUCCAACAACUCCCAACACGGCGAAGAGGUCGAGUCACUGCCGGAGCGACCGGUCAAGCGGGCGAAAACUCAUCUACUCGAUGCAAAAGAAGAUUCAACCCUGGUGCGUCGGCAUCCGCUGGGUGUCAGGCCGUCUGGAAAUGCCUUGACUUCGAACGUCAACCUCAAGGCCUCGACUGGUCACUUUGCAGCACUGCCUGACGAGCUGAUUGCUCAGAUCCUUGAGAUCUUUCAGCCACAGGACCUGCUCAGGCUUGGAGGCACAUGUAGAGCUCUGCAUGCGUUCACCAGGAACGAAGAGCUGUGGAGGACGUUGUUUGUAGAGUCAUCUCCUCAACAUUUCUCUUGGCAGGGCACAUGGCGCUCUACGUAUCUGUCGCAGUCAUCAGAGAAGGAGCCACGAGUCGAUUGCUCAGACUUGUUCUCUGAUGUGCUGCAUCGUCCAUUCUACUGCGCUCACGUGCCUUUGCACCCUUUUGCAGAGUUCAUCCCUAAAGCCAAUGAAAUAUCAAGACUGGAAGACCUCUCGUAUGAUCACUUCGCAGCGGAUUGGUACCAUCAGCCAUUCAUCCUCACCAAGCCCGUCAAGCAAUGGCCUGUCUACAAUACCUGGUCCACAGAACGCCUGCUGGAGAAAUACGCAGACGUGCCGUUCCGAGCAGAAGCGGUAGACUGGCCACUGAGGACCUACAUGGAGUACAUGAACAACAGUCGGGACGAAAGCCCUCUUUACCUCUUCGACCGAGCCUUCGCCAAGAAGAUGAACUUGACAGUCACCUCGAAACCAUCAGAAGAAGCAGAUUACUGGCCACCGACCACAUACGGCCCAGACGCCUUCUCAGUCCUUGGCGACCAACGACCAGACCACCGCUGGCUUAUCGUAGGGCCCGACCGCAGUGGUUCCACAUUCCACAAAGACCCUAACGCGACCAGUGCAUGGAAUGCCGUGCUGAAAGGCAGCAAGUACUGGAUCAUGUUCCCCUCCUCGCCAUCACUUCCACCGCCUCCUGGCGUCUUUGUGUCGGAAGAUCAAAGUGAAGUCACCAGCCCUCUCAGCAUUGCAGAGUGGCUUCUUGGCUUCCACGCGGAAGCACGAAAGACUCCUGGCUGUAAAGAAGGUAUCUGUGGCGAGGGCGAGGUGCUGUAUGUGCCAAGCGGCUGGUAUCACUUGGUACUCAACCUCGAAGCGAGCAUUGCCAUCACGCAGAAUCUUGUGCCAAGGAGUAUGGUCGGUGCUGUGCUGCACUUUCUCCGGGACUUCCCGCAGAACAUCAGUGGGUUCAGUGAUGCUGUGAAGGAUCCGUAUGGUUUGUUCGUCGACAGGCUGAAGGAGCAGGACCCAGAAUUGCUUGAGGAAGGAAUGAAAGAGCUGGAACGCUUAAGCAAGAUCGGUAAAGGCUGGGAAGAGCUCACCAAAGGCGGUGCCGAUGAUGAACAUAACGUUGGAGGUGGCUUCUCUUUCGGCUUCGGGGGCGGAGACAGUGAUGAGGAGAUACCGUAG